GAAAUGGUCGGAAGGAAGAAAAUUGGGGCAAUCAGACAAAACUUACCAUGGUGCCGGCCGGAAAUUGUUUAUUUAAGUGUUCCUGAAUUGCCGAAUUUUACAGGAACGAGUCGUCUUCUUCAGUUUCUGGAGAAACAAACAGAAAACUGGUGUUCAAAAUGGCAUCCCCAGCCAAAGAAGUGGCCGAAGAACUACCCAAUCUUGUUCGGGUCUACACUGACGGCUCUGUGGAACGUCUCUUUGGCUCGCCGUACGUGCCACCAUCACCAAACCCAGAUCCAGAAACUGGUGUGUCAUCGAAAGACAUAAUCAUCUCUGAAAACCCCAAAAUCUCUGCUCGUCUAUACCUCCCAAAACUGCAAAAACAGGACCAAAAACUCCCGAUCUUGAUCCACUUUCAUGGAGGCGGAUUUUGCAUUGGAUCUGCCUUUUCAUCUGGUGAAGAUCGUUUCAUCAGUCUUCUAGUCUCUCAGGCCCCUGUUGUUGCAGUCUCUGUCGAGUACAGGCUAGCCCCGGAGGACCUUCUCCCUGCAGCAUAUGAAGACUGUUGGACUGCUCUCAAUUGGGUUGCAUCUCACUCCAAAGCCCAAAACGAACCCCACAGAGAUGCAUGGUUGUUGGAUUAUGUUGAUUUUGACAGAAUUUACAUUGGAGGUGACAGUGCUGGUGGUAACAUAGCUCAUAACAUGGCCAUGAGAGCAGGAUUUGAGAAUCUGGAAGCGAACGCCAAAAUCUUGGGCGCUUAUCUUGGGCAUGGUUACUUUUGGGGCUCAAAACCGAUCGGCUCAGAAUCUAUCGUUGAUCAUGACAAGGCCCUGUCAUCAUUGGUAUGGAACUUUGUAUACCCAUCGGCUCCUGGAGGUCUUGAUAACCCGAUGAUCAAUCCAGAGGGUCCUGGCGCUCCGAGCUUGGCAAAGCUCGGGUGUUCAAGGUUACUGGUUUGUCUCGCUGAGAAGGACUUUUUGAGAGACAGAGGUGCUCGGUACCAUGAUUUGGUGAAGGAGAGUGGUUGGAGUGGUGAAUUGGAGUUGUAUGAAGUGAAGGGAGAAGGUCAUUGUUUUUACAUGUUUGAUACUGAGUCUACCAAUGCCAAGAACAUGAUCAAACGCUUGACUUCAUUCCUCAAGUAGUCUUCCCUUCCAUUUUAGCUAAUAAAAAAAAAAUCAGACUCCUGACUGAUAAUAAAUCCUUGAUU